AUGGCUCUUACACUUCAACUUGCAUUAUCUCAUCUAAUCACCCUUGUAGCUUUACUCUCAAUGUUCUUAGUGAUCCCUUCCUUUUGUUUCAACCCCAAAAAGCUGCUUAAUGCUUCAUAUUAUUCUCCUUCAGGUUCAGAUUGGUCACCUGCAUUGGCCACUUGGUAUGGACCUGCCCAAGGCGACGGAAGUGAAGGUGGUGCUUGUGGAUAUGGUACUGCUGUUGGGCAAGCUCCAUUCUCUUCGCUAGUAUCUGCGGGAAGCCCUCUUAUAUAUGACUCGGGCAAAGGGUGUGGUUCAUGUUAUGAGGUGAAGUGCACAGGAAAUUCUGCAUGCUCAGGCCAACCUGUGAGAGUAGUCAUCACUGAUGAGUGUGCUGGGUGUGGUUCAGAUGCUCCUUAUCAUUUCGAUUUGAGUGGCGAUGCUUUUGGAGCCAUGGCAGUUUCAGGUCAAGAUGGGAAUCUACGCAACGCUGGAAAAAUAAGCAUUCAACAUAGAAGAGUUGAAUGCAACUAUCCGGGAAUGUCAAUUGCUUUUCACGUGGACUCUGGAUCUAACCAACAAUAUUUUGCUGCCUUGGUUGAAUAUGAGGAUGGAGAUGGUGACCUUGCCAAGGUUGAACUUAAGGAAGCACUUGAUUCAUCGUCAUGGGAUUCCAUGCAAGAAUCAUGGGGUGCAGUUUGGAAACUUGACAAAGGUGCACCACUCAAAGCACCAUUCUCUAUUAGGCUAACCACGCUUGAGUCUGGCAAGACCAUUGUGGCCAACAAUGUCAUCCCUGCAGGGUGGAAGCCUGGUCAGACAUAUAGAUCAAUUGUCAAUUUUUAA